UCAAUUCAGUAUAGUCCUUCGAAUCAUUAUAAUAGGAUAACAAUAUAUAUAUUCGAAUAUGUACAAGUCAAGUGUGUAUAUAAUUCUAUUCUUUAUAGCAGUGGAAUUUUCAUCUGCAUCUUUGAAACUUGAGGACCUUGGAGAAAACCUUUCGAAACUGGCAACGGUGUUACACAAUACUUGUGUCAAAAAAACAGGAAUACCCGAAGCUACAAUAUCAAGCAUGAGAGAAGGACAUUUUGAAGAAGAAGACAAAUCAAAGGAAUAUGUCACAUGCAUAUGGCUGGAAUCCCAAAUUGUUAAACCUGAUGGUACUCUAAACUGGGAUCGCAUGAUGGAACUUUGCCCUCCUCAGAUAAAAGAAACAGGACCGAAAAUAGUACUAGGAUGUUGGGAGAAAGUUGAAGAGGUGACUCCCCUGGAGAAGAGAGUAUACGAACUGCAGAAAUGUUUCUACAAAUCUGAUCCAGAGAAUCAUAUUAUGAUUUGA